AUGCGCUCCUCGUUGUUGCUCCUGGUCUUGCCGCUGUGUGCGUCGUUUGUGGGAGCCACCUCCAUCCCACCACAGGCAGAACAAGAGCGUCUCUCAUGGCCGAACGUACAGGACGAAACAGGGGAAGAGCAGGGCCAGCUGAGACGGUUCCAUUGUGCGAGCAGCCAGCAAUGUAGUGAAAUAUUGGGGUUGCUGGAGGAUGAGCCGCCGCUAGACGUCUGGCAGGUUACCCCCUCGUACAUCGACAUCUACUUUCCAUUAUCAUCUGGCUCAGCCUCCGCUUUAUUGAACCGAGCACACACAUCCAUUCCACUUGCAUCAUCUCAUAUCGAUACGCCCCCAUACCCUCCUCUUCCUGACCUGAGCGACAUAACCUCCCUGAACACAACAUAUCAUGCUGCUUACCACCCCUUACCAGCGAUCCGUGACUUCCUAAAAUCCCUCGCAGACCAGCAUCCAGACAAGAUAACUCUGAUACCACUGGGACAUAGCGGGGAAGGGCGGGAGAUGGUUGGAGUGAAGAUCAGCUCGCCGGAUCCGUGCACGAGGAAAGUGAGGGGCUCGGCGAGCAAGAAAUCAGGAUUCAUGAUUAACGGAGCGCAACAUUCACGCGAGUGGGUAGCCACGUCCGCUUCGCUGUACUUGAUACAUGCUCUGGUUUCCAACUCCUCCGAAAAGGGCUCUCUGUCUCAUCUACUGAAUACCUAUGAUUUUUACAUCAUACCCCUUCCGAAUCCUGAUGGGUACGAAUACACCUGGUCGACGGAUAGAUUAUGGUAUAAGAAUCGGAUGGCGCUAGGCCCGGACGAUCGUUGCGUUGGUCUCGACAUGGGAAGGAACUGGGGCCACAAAUGGGGGAAGAAUAAAUACAAGAAGCAGCCCUGUCACCACUGGUUUCCCGGGCACCGCCCCUUCGAGGCGCCGGAGGUGAACAACGUCGCCAAUUUCAUUACGACCAUCCCGCGAUUGAGGGCCUUCGUCGAUUUGCGGGCCUAUGGUCAGAUGAUCUCGAUCCCGUACUCGUAUUCUUGCAAAAAGGUGCCGAAGGACGCGGAAGACCUCCUCGAAGCAGCGCUCGGUGCUGCACAAGCGGCCAGACGGUCCCACGGAACGACGUUCAAGACUGGGUCGCUGUGCGACACACUCUACCGCGCUCCCGGCAACGUCAUCGAUUGGAUGUACAAGAAGGCAGGCGUCAAGUACUCUUACGCGGUUCACCUGCGGGACACGGGCACUUACGGGUUCUCUCUUCCCGAGGAGUGGCUCAGGCCCGUCGGCGAAGAGACCGCGGAUAUGAUUGAGUACCUUGCCAAUUUCAUUUUAACUAAGAGAGUCCAUCACAUGGCUCAUAGGAAAUAUUGA